AUGAGGAUGCCAUGGAGAGCCACGGCGGCGCAGGCCGAGGUGCCUGUCGUCGACCAGGAGCAGCGUGACGAGAAGGCCGAUGCUUCUUUUGAUAAGGAGGCCAAUGCCAGCCAGCCGCGUGCGCUUGACAACGACAGUGAGGAGUUCACGCCCAACGCGCAGGAUGGUGUCAAGAAGAUUGAGGCCACUACCACGGUGUGGUCGAAAAGGGACCUUAUCAUCGCCUACAUCUUGAUCUGGCUCAUCAUGUUCGUCGACUCCAUGCAGCAGGGCGCGACGGGCUCUUUGACGGCCUAUGUCACGAGCGACUUCUACCAGCACUCGUUGACUGGCUACACCAGCACCAUGUCCAGCAUCAUCGGGGGUGUGCUGAAGCUUCCGCUUGCAAAAGUCCUCGAUAUCUUUGGACGUCCCCAGGGUUUCAUGCUCAUGGUGGCCUUCAUGGUCCUCGGCUUGAUCAUGAUGGCAGCAUGCAACGACGUGCAAGUCUAUGCUGCUGCUCAGAUCUUCUACUGGGUCGGCUAUAAUGGCCUCUCCUACACUCUGGGCAUCUUCGUGGCCGACACUUCCUCGCUCAAGAACAGAGGCUUCAUGUACGCCUACAUAAGCUCUCCCUAUAUCGCCACUGUCUGGAUCGCGGGACCCCUGGCCACGGCCUUCCUCAACGGGCCCGGCUGGCGCUGGUGUUUCGGUGCCUUCGCCAUCAUCACCGUGGCCAUCACUCUCCCGCUGUACUUCCUCUUCCAGCUCAACUACAAGAAGGCCGUCAAGCGAGGCAUCAUCGUGCCCACCAAGAGCAACCGCACCUUCAUGGAAUCCGUCAAAUACUACGCCAUCGAGUUUGACGUCGGCGGCCUCUUCCUCGUCAUGGGCGGCCUCGUCUUCUUCCUCCUCCCCUUCAACCUCUACUCGUACCAAGAGGGCCAAUGGAAAUCCCCCCUCGUCAUCUCCUUCUUCAUCAUCGGCGGCCUCAUGCUCAUCGCCUUCGCCCUGUUCGAGAAAUACUACGCCGCCAAGACCUUCAUCCCCUAUUCCCUCCUUCUCGACCGCACCGUCAUCGGCGCCUGUAUCCUCUCCGCCGUCCUCUUCGUCAGCUGGUACAUCUGGCACUCGUACUUCUUCUCCUUCCUGCAGGUCGUCAACGGCGUGAGCGUGACGGAGGCCACGUACAUUCUCAACAUCUACUCCAUCGGCUCGUGCUUCUUCUCCUUCAUCGUCGGCAUCGCCAUCCGCUGGACCGGCCGCUUCAAGUGGAUCGCGCUCUACUUCGGCGUGCCCGUCACCAUCCUCGGCGUCGGCCUCCUCAUCCACUUCCGCCAGCCGGACGUCAACAUCGGAUACAUUGUCAUGACGCAGAUCUUCAUCGCCUUCGCCGGCGGCGCCUGCGUCAUCACGGAGCAGAUCGCCGUCAUGGCUGCCACGGACCACCAGUACGUUGCCGUCGUGCUCGCCCUCGAGGGCAUGUUCUCGUCCAUCGGAGGCGGCAUCGGGUCGUCCAUUGCGACCGCCGUCUGGACCGGUGUCUUCCCCAAGCGCCUGGCGGAGUACCUGCCUCCGGAGAGCCAGGGCGCGUUGCAGGAUAUCUAUGCGCAGUUGACGGUGCAGAUGUCGUACGCGAAGGGGACGCCGACGAGAAUUGCGAUUGAGCGCGCCUACUCGGAUGCGCAGAAGUAUAUGAAUAUCGGGGGCACGGCGAUUCUGAUCCUGGCGAUCCCGGCCGUCAUGAUGUGGAGGGAUAUCAAGGUCAAGGAUUUCAAGCAGGUCAAAGGUCGUGUUAUUUAA